AUGUCCCUGCCUCGCCACCGCCGCCUGGCGCCGCCGCCGCACACCGCCCUGCUGCUGUUGCUGGGCCUGGGCGCUUGCGCCGUGCAGCCGGGCCUCUGCUUCACAACCGACUACCUCCCCUUCCGCGCACCAGACGGCUGUACAGAGCUGCCGCUUAAAUACGACAUGGCGACGAUGAAGCUGGACUACCAGAUCUCCAGAGCCAAGCUCGAUUGCCCUAAAAUUGGGGCGGAAUACACCAGCUGGGCCUGGAACCGCACCGUGACCAAGCAGUACACAAAUGGUACCAUCUAUUUCCUCCAGUACUGCACCAUCCCUGUGGCCAAGCCCGGCCUCUACCCGCAGCCAUACGUUGAUUCCGACUCGCCCUACGUCUGGUAUGGAGAUGAGUGUUGCGUGGGCAGCGGCAAGGUGCUGUGCAAGCUGUGCGGACGCAAGGAGUGCAACGGGUGCCAAUACUCCUGGAGGGGCACCGCGCCCAGCUGCUACGACACUUGCGACAAGGGAGAGACGGUGGUGGCGACAGACGAUUUCGGCGACGGCCACAAAUGCAGCAUUGACGGCUAUGGCUAUAAAUUCCUGUGCGAGUCUACGGCCGCAGCCACGGGACUCGGCGGCACGGCGUUUGGGCCCAAGCUUGCUGCCGCCGCCGCCGUGCCCGGGGGGCAGCGCGGCGGCGGCGGCGGCACGCUGCGACGCCCCCGAGCCACCGAGCUGCGGCCGUAG